UGGUUCAUCGCACUGGUUUAAUAAAUGUUUAUACAUUUCAGGUGCUGUCAAAAGUAAUUGACAAUUUAAUUGUCUUUCGUUUUAUUUUAUUUCUUGGUUCUGGGAAUAACUUGGUUGUGUCCUAAUUAAUCUUUGUGAUGUCGGUGUCUGUCUCAGAGCAGCAGCUGAAUGAAUGGUUUGAUUCGGCUCUGUGCAUCGCAAGGAAGGCAGGUGUGGUCAUACGAGAUGCUCUGCACAAAGAGAAAAGUGUCGAGACUAAAAUAAGUCACGCUGACCUCGUCACGGAAUCGGACCGUGCCGUGGAAAAGAUGGUAAUGGAUUUCGUCAGCAGCAAGUACCCGUCACACAAGUUUAUAGGGGAGGAGUCUGCAGUGGAUGGUCAACCGUGUAAGUACACCAACGAUCCGACGUGGAUUGUGGAUCCCAUUGAUGGAACGACAAACUUCGUACAUCAAAUUCCAGAAGUUUCAUUUUCACUUGGAAUUGCUGUAAACAAACAGAUUGUGAUAGGAAUUGUGUAUGUACCAGAGCACGAGAAGAUGUACACUGCUAAACGAGGAAAAGGAGCUUUCUGUAAUGGAGAGAAAAUUUCCGUCAACAAGGAAGACAGUCUGAAAGAUGCGGUGGUAAUCUGCGAGGGAGGUAACUCUCGAGACCCAUCUGUUCUAAAAACAAAGAUGCGCAAUAUGGAAGCAAUUAUUAGUUCCUCUCACGGUAUACGUGCCUAUGGGUCAGCCGCUAUUGACAUGUGUAAGGUGGCCAGUGGCUGCUGUGAAGCAUACAGUGAGUACGGGAUCCACUGCUGGGAUAUUGCAGCAGGGCAGAUCAUCGUGGAAGAAGCGGGUGGGGUGGUUAUGGACCCUGCAGGUGGCAACCUUGAUUUGAUGAGUCGGCGAGUUUUGUGUGCAUCCACAGAAAGUUUGGCAAAACAGCUAUCGGCCAUUUUGACCCACUUGGACUUACAACGAGACUGAUGAACAUUUGAACAUUUGAACAUUGUAUUAUAACCACAUGUUGAUAAAGGAGGCCAUAUCGUAACCUAUUUAUUAAGACCACCUACACUGUAGGUCUCCAUACAGAUGGGUUCUGAUUUAUACAUUCCUUCAUAUUAUAAUACAAUUAAGACACAGUGCCAUAGAAAGUUGGGGUACUAAAUUACCCAACAUAUUACAUGAUAAUAUAUCCAUUUGAUUUAUGUCAAAAAGUAUUCAACCAGCAAUGUAGUGCUCAUAUCAUACGUUAGGACAUAAUAAAAUAAAUUAAAUAAAUUGGAUAAAAGUAGAUUUUAAUGCUGACCCAGCCUAAGGAAAAAAGCCUGCACUCAUUUGUUUAGUCGCUUACAAGUCUAACCGGAGGUGACUAUAGUUUCAUCUCCAUCCUUCUGUCUGUCUGUCUGUUUCUCUGUCUGUGUCUCUCACAUAACGUUUCCAGACUUUUUUCUUUUUUUUCGCAAUGCCUCGAAAUAUGGAGAUGAAAUUUUAUAUACAGCUUUAUUGCAUAUAGUUACAGAUCCAGUUAACCUUUCUAGAGGAUUCACACAUUUUUGACAGAAUGUGGCCCUUGAACUUGAAUAAUUAUUCAAGGCCAAUGACUGUCAAAAAUGGAAUUUAUCCAUAUUUGACAGAGUUGUGGCCCUUGAAUUUAGGAAAUAUGAACAUUUAUGGUGCCAGGUAGGGGAUAUGUAUUGGUUUUGCAGUAAUUUUAGAAUGGUUGUGUGUAUUGCAGGGAUUCUAGAUUAUGGUGGCUAGUAUGUUCAGUGUUCGACUAGUAAAAUUACUAUUGAGAAAUGCUGCAUUUAAGUCUAUUAAGCCCCAGUCGUAGUGUUUUUAAGCUCUAUCUCACUCUUUAGGUGACAUUAUUACUAUUAAUAAAGUUUCAUUAACUUAACGUAAAGUAGGGCUAGUGAAUUUUUAAUCGUGGCUAGUAAAUUUGAAAAAUUAUUGAUCCCGUGGAUAGUGGAUUUUAUAAAAAUUCUAAAAGCCCUAUUAUUGACCAUAUUUUUUUUUUCUUGAGGUGGGUGGGUGUCAUUUAAAGAUGCAUGAUGCUUGAUAUGCAAUAUUUGCAAUAUAAAAUAAAAAAGUAAAUAAUAAAAUUCAUCCCCAUCGGCUUACCCCCAUUUGAUGAAAAUAUAGCAUUUAAAUUACAAUGGCCCUAUCAGUGUUGGUAUUUUUGUAUGUACACAUGUAGUUGAAUUGUGGCUAUGUAUUUAGCCACUUAUUGAAAGAAAGGAAAAACUGUUUCCCAUUUUCUUUCAUAUCCAAAGUAAGGCAAUAACAUAAAUGUUACGUGUAGACAUUUUUAGUUUCAGGAUGGAAGAGUUAAAUUUUCAAAAUGGAAAAUUGAUAAUAUUGAUGCAAAGUUUGAUCUGCUGUAGACACAAAAUGUUUUCACUUGUAAAAGAAAUAUAGGCUAUUAAACGACCUUCCAUUUCAUAUCAUGUUUAUGUCCUGAGUGAAAUAAUUUUCAGUUGUCAUGAGCUUUAGCGAGUGACAAUGAAAAUUAUUUCACUAGUGACAUAAACAUGAUACGAAAUGGUAGUGAGUUUAAUAUUCUAUUUAUUACACAUAAUCAAUCUUAAUUUAUAUAACUCGACUCAUUUGGUUGACGUUCCUGUAAGGUUGUAGUGUGCCAGUCGAUGACAUCGAAGCAUUACAUCCCAUAUGGGUAAUAAAUUGAGGAUAAUAAACGUUGCCAGUUAUUAUGAAAUUUACGUCCCUCAUGAAAUAAUGUUCAGUUGUCACGAGCUGAAAAUUAUUUCACAAGGGACAUAAAUUUGGUAAUAACUGGUACUGAGUUUGUUAUUCUAUUUCAAUAGGUUCACUUUAGACACAAGACGAUUUACAUUCAGAUGGACAAAAGAUAAACUAGCCGACAUAGUAAGUUGGUUGUAUGGCUGAUUAGCCAUUUUGAUAAAAUAAUCGAGUUACUGGUAUUCAGAAGCGGAUGCAGGAGGGUUGAACCCCCCUUUCAGACAAGAUGGCCUUUCGAUAUUGUGAUUUUAUUUUUUUAAAGCACAACUGUAUAAUUGAGAUCCACUACUUCACACAAUUAUUCACUGUGUUCGUAGGGAAGAACAACAAAGUGCCUGAGAUAUAAAUAGUUAUUUACUGAAUUAGCAAAAAGAAGCAUUUUCUUUAUGAUAUGUGAACUGCAUGAAAACAGAAAGUAUUGGAAGUUGAUUGGUUACCACCGGUUUCAAAACAAACGAAUGUCACAGACUGCAGUCUUAUAAUGAAAUGAUUUCGUUUUUGACUCGUCUUAACAAAGGAAAUAAAAGUCGAGAUAGGCCUACAGAUUUGAAAAAUUGACAAAAAGUGGUCUUGGUGCCCUCGUAGGCAUACCUGCUCCCAUUGUUUACGGGGUGGCAGGCUGGGUUUUGCUCAAGUAAACGAAAAUGUCCGAAUCUGGACAACAACUUUUAUUCAUAUUAGCAUUACUACCAAACAGCUAUAUAGGGAUGCAAACUAAACACUACGCAUUUGUACAUGGAUUACAACUAAUUUUGCUGGUAGAAUGAUGGAAAUACAUGUUAAAAAGGUCUCAUGUUAGCACAUUUUGUCCAAAUGUUUCUAUCGUUUUUGCCCGAAUUUGAGAAUUUACUCUCUUGUAGUAGGAGGGAGGGACUUGUGUGGACGUGAAAUUUUGGUUUGGUUUUUCAUUUACUUCUAAAUUACAAUCACUGACACAUAUAUAAAAUGGACACACAUUGGGUUACAACGAGAGGCCUUAAGGGCGACAUGUGAAUAUUAUUAGUGAUCAUUUCUCUUCACCAUCUUCGUGAAUACUGAAAUCAUCAUCGACAUCGACAUUGUCAUAGUCUACUUCAUUCAAAUAUUCGCUGAUCCAGGAACGAUACUGAUUUAAUUUAGAACGAAUCUGUGGUCUCACAUAUAUGUUGGGAUUCACAGACUGUAGAAGCUUCCUCGUGUUGGGGCCUUUGUCAAAGUAAUGCAAAACAUAUUAUAUCAGAAAGCAAGUGUAGAUAGGGUUCUACCUCAUAAUCUUCUUCGUCGUCACUUUCGUAGGUGCAUGAUUUUCACGUAGAGCUCUUUCUCCGAGGGUGGUUCCCGUGUAGUAGAAACCGGCCUUGGCAAGUUCUUUUGGAUUUUGACGUAAGUGUAGAGGCCAUCGAACAUACAUCAGCAUCCGGGCAUAGAAAUGUCUCAUGUCAGGACGAUGACAAAACAAGUAAUGUCUUGAAUAGCAGGCAUCCUCAUAGUCGGGUUCUGUUUCACGAGCAGCAUCCAUUUGAUCUGCAGGUUCAUCCAUGAGUUUGCUGUCUUCGAGUUUCUCCAUACUUAAACAAGUAGCAUCCAUUUGAUCCAUGAAAUUCUCUUCUUAUUUCAUGGUCACUCUCUUACAUUUGAUCGUGUGUCUUUCGGAACAUUUGCAGACCAAGACGUCGUCUUCGUCACUACUGCUGCUGCUACUAAUACUGUUCGAAUAUACCAAUGCCAUCUUCUUUGUUCCAGAUAGAGUGCAACAAGACACAACAAAACCUGCAAUUUCCCACGGCAAUCGGCAAUGCCGUGGAGAAUGCUGUGGAGUUUUUAAUUCUCCAGGGUACUUUUUUGCUGUAAGACUAUAUUCUGGGUGUUUAUCAAUGGUAUGUUAUUUUGCCUUAAGACUAUAUUCUUUUGCCCUGGACAUCUUCGUAAUUGUAGGUGUUGCACAAACAUGUUAGAAUCAUAAAACACCCCUUAUAUACAAAUCAGUUCAGUCCUCCUGGGUUCAUUAGUCACUCCACUGAUGGCAUCCAUUUGGGUUGCAGAAGUCACGCCGCAGAAAGCCCAUCUGGUUCUGAUGAUCUUCCUGCAUGGCACAGGGUACAGCCGAGUUCAGUUCUGGCACAAAGUCAUACAUCACGUCAAAACAGUAUUUCAGUUUGCCCCAUUGUUGAAGAGAAAGAAAAAUUCCUUUCCUCGAUGGCUCCACAGAUUUAGUUUCACUACACCACCACCACUAACGUAUGUCCACUCCCGCAAUGUUCUUGUUCACUCUGACAUGGACAUUGACACCAAGAUGACGUAAUAAUUUAUCGCCUUUCCAUUGGUUUAAUACUACCACUGUUGUCAAUUCGGUUUUUACAAGGUACACAGUUCGAUCCACUGCUUUAGACUAAGGGCAAUACGUCGCUUGGUGGGGAAAGUUUCCCCCUUGUCACUGUUGAAUUUCCUUAUGUGAAUAGCAGUGUCCCCUUUCCAUAGCUUGACCACCGCAUAGAUGUUACUUUCAAGUUCUAGAUGACACCUCGUUUCAACACUUGUCCAGCAGGCCAUAUCUGCAGUAAAAUGAACGUAAAUCUGAUCUGUAGACUUCGGUGAGUGAAUGAAAAAUACUUUUUUUUAUACUCUGGGGGCCAGGUCAGUAGAAUGAGGUCAGGUCAGUAGGACGGGGCUAGGUCAGUAGGACGUUGCACACUGCACAGCAACCAGUCUAAGUAGGUAACCGCUCUCCUGUCUAGGUCAAGGGAAAAUAGGUCAAGGACACAGGGAAGUAGGUCACGGUCACAGGGUAUAGCCCCCCACUACUAUCCUUUUAAAAAUCCUACAUCCGCCCAUGGUAUUUAAAAACAAAAUUCCAUCACCCAUGUUCUGUUGUUGAGAAAAUCAUAUACACGUUUAGUGUAUGCAAACAGUGUUUUGAUUGAUAAAAUGAAAGGUCAUAUAAUAGUAAGUUUUUUCCUAGUUUUUUUUUUUUUUUUUUUUUUUUUUUUUUUUUUUACAAAUUAUGUAUAAUCUGAAAAUUGACAUUUUGACUUGCGUACCACUUUAAUAGUUGACAUUUUUUUCACUGACAUUUUGACCGUUGACAUUUUAUCAUUGACAUUUAGAUCGUUGACAUUUUGUCCUACAUCCGUUUCACUAACGACCGAUUACGAUUUCUACCACAUUUCGAAACGGCCGAGUGGGAAAAUAAAUUCCUCUCAAUUUUAUGACAGCUUUAAUACCGUCAUAAAAUUGAGAGGAAUUUACAAUAGCAUAAAAUAGUUUUUUGUAUUUUUUUUAAAUGCCCGUACCAAUUUGCUUGCGUUAAAGUCUUUCAAACGGAGUUGAGAUCAUGCAUCACUGUGGUUUUGUUUUGGGGGUGGGGAUGUUGAUCGGGUUUUGGGGGUGGGAUGGUGGGUUUAAUGUAAGUGAUAAAUAACUUUAAUAUUUAAAUAAAACAUCAAUAAAUCAACAAACAAUUAAAACAAACUUACCUUUGUGGACAUAUCCACUAACAGUCUUGUAGAAAAUAUUGCAACAUAACAGUACCGAUACAGUCUAGUUAAUUAGUCAAUCAUCGCUCGGUAUUAUUAGAUCCAUGUGCAGAUAUUUUAAAUUUUAUGCAUUAAAUAUGCUUAUAGAAUGUCAAACAGCGAUUCUGUUCUAUAGUCUUAGACGAAUAUACGUAGUAUCGCUUUGACAGCAAUAAUCAUAUUAAAACGUCAAAGUAUUGUUGACGUCACGUCAAUGGUUUGUUGCACUUUUCGUAACUUACAAAAAAUGUCGAAAUACCAAUAAAUAGAAAUAUACCCA